AAAACCUUAUCCUACCAAGCAAGAGGCCACUGCACUCCUGUGCUCUUGCUCUAGUCUAAACACUCUUUUAACACCUGAAAUUAUCAAGAAGAGAAAUGGCGUCGAUGGUACUUUCCUCGCUAGCUGCUCACUCUUCUUCUCUCUACCAUCACCAUCUAUUCCCGGAUUCUUCACCCAAACAAACUUUCAGUGGUUUUUCCCUCCAAUCUAGUAGACCCAUUUCCAAGAGAGCGUUACGCUCGGUCUGCUUUCUCAAAGCCGGAGAUGAAAAGUCAAAACCCGAUAUUAUUCAGGACAAGGAAAUUGGAUUGGACUGGCCAAUUUUGAAGCGAUGGGAUGUGCCCUGGGAAUGGCAAACUGUUUCCUUGACUUCGCUUGCUUGUGGAUUAAGUUUUAUUUUGACAGGGUUAACAGAGGCAGUGGCUAUACCAUAUCUUGGAAUUCGCCUUGAGGACCUAAAUUUGGACGAGAAGGCGGAGAUACUAUUCUUGGAUCAGGGCAUUACUACUGCAGUUGUACUUGGAGUUCUGUAUACAAUUGCCAACAAGUUUCAACCACUUCCUGAAGAUGUUUAUCACUAUGAUUUGAGGGAGCCUUUUAGUCUGCAGAAAGGAUGGCUCUUGUGGGCAGGGAUUGGCCUUGGUGCUGCUGUAAUGGCCGUUGCAUUAACAGGAGCUGCUCUGUCCUUCGGUGGUGAGAGCCCACAAAGAGAGACUGAUGCAUUAGUUCGCUUGCUUCCACUAAUUGGAUCUUCAAGUAUCAGCACUGCAUGCUUGGUGGGCAUCACUGGUGUCUUUGCUCCACUUCUCGAGGAGAAUGUGUUUCGAGGGUUUUUUAUGGUGUCCCUAACUAAGUGGGUACCUACGCCAGUAGCUGUCUUUAUCAGUGCUGCUGUAUUCGCACUUGCGCAUCUCACUCCUGGAGAGUUUCCACAGUUGUUUGUUCUAGGCACUGCUUUGGGAUUUUCAUAUGCCCAAACCCGUAAUCUUUUAACACCGAUCACAAUACAUGCCUUUUGGAACUCCGGAGUAAUAUUGCUUCUCACCUUUCUUCAGCUUCAAGGUUAUGAUAUCAAGGAAUUGCUACAAGCAACCUGAUAGGGAAUUUAUUGAUUCUGGAGCUUGUACAGGCUACCGUCUAGGUUUAUUAACCAUGUAAUCAUACAGGCUGCCUUCCAGGCUCUCUCUCUCACAACCAAAAAUAAAUAAAUAAAGGAAAGAAAAAAAAAUCCUUUUCUUUUCUUUGUUCUUUGUUGUAUAAAGUGAUUAAAACUAGGAGAACAAUUGAUGGAAGCCAAUCAUUUAGGAAAAAUUUUGGAAGUUGAUAUACUACUUCUUUCAUGAUUACUUCA